AUGGUAUGGAAUGUAAGAGGUGCUGGAGGGAAACCUUUCUCUGUUACUGCUAAAGAUCUCGUCAGAUUGAACAAAGUGAACAUCUUUGCUAUCUUAGAACCCAGGAUCAGUGGUGAGAGGGCAAUUGAAGUCAUAAAAGGUUUGGGUUUUUCAAAUUAUUAUGUUGUUGAUGCCAAUGGUUUCUCUGGUGGUGUUUGGCUUCUAUGGAAUAAUGAGGUUGUGAAGUUGACAGUUGUGGCUUGCUCCUCCCAAACAAUCACUGCUGUUGUUUUGGAUGGUCAGACUCAGUGGAUGUUAACGGUGGUGUAUGCCUCUCCCUGCCCUCGAGUGAGGAGCCACUUAUGGCCUUAUCUAGAUGGGGUUUCUGCUGCCUCUAAUAUGCCUUGGCUUAUUGCAGGUGAUUUCAAUGAAUUGAUUCAUAGCUCAGAGAAAAAGGGGGGUAGGCCUGUUAAUAAAAAUAGUGGUCUUGGUAAUUGGAUCUCUAGGAAUAGCUUGGUAGACCUUGGGUUCAUUGGUGCUAAAUUUACUUGGAGCAAGAAAAACGAGUAUGGUGAUAUUGUUUGGGAAAGACUUGAUAGAGGCCUUUGUAAUAUAGCUUGGAGACACCUAUACUCUGAGGCUUAUGUUAGGCAUCUUGCUAAAGUGAAUUCUGAUCAUUGCCCCUUGCUUAUCGGCCUUCAUUCUAAACAUAUUCCUAACCCUGAUUUGAAAGCUUUCAGAUUCCAAGCUAUGUGGAUGCUUCACCAGGAAUUUGAACCUUUUGUUAAUGAUACUUGGAAUAGUGCUCAAGGUGAUGCUAGUUGCAAAUCUAUCACUCUUUCUUCUGCUCUUCAAAGCUGGAACCACAAUGUAUUUGGAUGUAUUUUCAAAAGAAAAGAAGGCUCCUAG